AUGGAUACAUCAAGACCAGAACUGCCUUCUUUCCGUGUCAGUGCAUCGCAACUCACCCACAUGGCGGUGGAUUUGAUCGAAGGGAUUCAGACAGCGACAAAGCAACUUCUCGAUAAGGUCUCGCCACGAGACGCGACAUUUGAAAAUGUCGUCUUAUCGAUGGCCAUUAUCGACAAUGAUAUUAAGAGCAAAGUCCAAUUUCUGGCAUUCUUUCAGGCUGUUUCGCCCUCGUUGGAGUUACGUCAAGCAUCCUCUGUCGCCGUGAGUGUGGUCGACACGGCAUAUUUGGAGCUUUUUCAGGACGAAAAGUUGUUUGCAUUGGUAGAUGCUGUGUAUGAGAAGUGUGAUGUGAGUCAAAUGGAAAUUGAAGACCGAAAGUUUCUCUCAAAGGUUCAUUCGACUUUUAUGGAUAAUGGUCUUGGCCUAAAGGGGGAGGACAAAAAGCGGUCUCGCGAGAUUUCUAAGCAACUUGUUGAGCUUCGAGUUGCCUUCACGGAGAAUCUUAGCUUGGAUCCUGGGUAUAUGUGGAAGGAAGAGAGAGAUUUGGAGGGACUUGGUGCCGACAAGAUCCAUGCAUUUCCCCUGUGCACAUCAAGCGGCCGAAGGGGUGUACCGCUAAAAAAGACCUACGUGAAUGCGGUCCUCUCUAACUGUGUUCGAUCUGAAACCCGAAAGGAGGUUUUUCUUCGAAGCCAAAGGAUAUUUCCCGAAAAUAUCAAGAUCUUUCAAGAGAUUGUCAUUCUUCGAGAUGAAGGCGCUCGUUUGCUUGGCUUUGAAUCAUAUGCCCAUCAACAAGCCCGGUCUAAAUUGUUGAAAUCUCCCCAGCAAGUUGAGGAUAUGCUAGAAGAACUUUCAGUGCAAUUGUCCCCUAUUGCCCAGGCCGAGCUGGAGGCAUUGCAGCACGCUAAAGAUCCCCCCCGGGAGCCCCUUCUAUCUUUGGGAUUUUGA